AUGUCGGCCGCCGCCGGCAAGCCGUCCCGAUCUGCCUCCGCCAUCGUUGCCUCCACGGUGAGCGGGUACCACCUUCUCAAGGUCGAUGGCUACUCCCGCACCAAGGGCGUCCCCACCGGAGAGAGGAUAAAGUCCCGCCCUUUCACCCUUGGGGGACAUCGAUGGCACAUUGAGUACUAUCCCAACGGCCAGAAACCAGAGUACGCAGAAUACAUAUCUGUGUUCCUUAAUCUUGAUGCCAGUGUUGCCACGGCGGUGAAGGCGCAACAAAAAUUCAGUUUUGCGGAUGAGGAAACGAACCAAGCUCCUUCGCUGAUAUCAACAGUAAACAGCUACAGUUCUCAGCAGGGCUGGGGAGUCGCGACAUUCAUCAAGAGGGCAGACCUGGAGAAGUCAGAGCAUCUCAAGGACGAUUCCUUCACCAUCAGGUGCGAUAUCAUUGUCAUAGGCGACUACCGCGCAGAGGAUUUGCUCGAAGAGACUCCUCCAGCAUUUGUCACUGUGGCCCCAUCUGACCUGCACCAGCACCUCGGAGAUCUCCUCAACACUGAGAAGGGUGCCGACGUAGUCUUCGAGGAGGGCGAUGCCGCAGGUGUGGUGCACAGAGAUGAAAUGGAGGCAGAGGUGUUCAAGGCGUUGCUCUGUUUUGCGUAUACCGACUCCUUACCGGUGACAGAAAAGGAAGAUGAAGAUGUCAUGUACCAGCAUCUGCUUGUUGCGGCGGACAGGUAUAACAUGGAGAGGCUGAAGAGUAUUUGCGAGGAAAAGCUAUGCAAGUUCAUCAACGCAGCCACAAUAGCGACCAUCCUGACGUUAGCUGAGCAGCACCACUGUGAGGGCCUAAAGAAGGCAUGCUUAAAUUUUCUUCGCUUCCCGGCAAAUCUUAGGGCUUUGUUAGACAGCGACGGCUUCGAUCAUCUGAGCAGGAGCUGCCCCUCAGUUAUUAAGAAUCUGAUUGCCAUGUCCGCCCUCGUUUAG